UACAUACAGACACAAAGUCAAUAAGGGAAGCCCAAGACCCCAAAACAAAAGCCUUCUUUCACAGCCAUUUUCGCCUGCACAUACACAGCGAAUCCAAGUCUUCACAAACUCCACCAAAAAAAUUCUUUAAACUUCUAACUUUUUUCUUUAAAUCUGUGAUUUGGGUUCUGUUUAAUCAUAUAUAUAUAAUUUAUGUUCAACCCCAAAAGUCAAAUCUUGUUGAUAUACCAAUCUUUUUUAUUUCUGUUUGUGUCUUUGGAAUUUGGAGACUGGUGGAUCGGUGAUUGUGAAUUUUCAGGAUUUUAGGAAGGGUUAUGGUACAUGUUGCAUACUAUAGGAGGUGGCUGAGGAGUGAUUGAAUUAUUAUAUGGAUAAUUUAUGCUGCUUCAAUUCAAAGUUCUCGCAGCUUGCAGGAGGACGGUCAUCAUGUAGCUCUGGCAAAGGAAGAAGCAAUCAAGGGCCUGCCAAGUAUGGCUUUAGCCUGGUUAAGGGGAAAGCUAGUCAUCCCAUGGAGGAUUACCAUGUUGCUAAAUUUGUCCAGUUGCAUGGACAUGAACUAGGACUUUUUGCUAUUUAUGAUGGGCAUUUGGGAGAUAGUGUGCCUGCCUAUUUACAAAAGCAUUUGUUUUCCAAUAUCUUAAACGAGGAGGAUUUUCGGAAUGACCCUCAUAGGGCAAUCUUAAAAGCAUAUGAGAGAACAGAUCAGGCUAUUCUUUCACACAAUCCUGAUCUUGGAAGAGGUGGCUCCACUGCUGUGACUGCAAUUCUUAUAAAUGGUCGUACGCUAUGGGUAGCAAACGUUGGAGAUUCUAGAGCAGUGCUUUCUAGGAGGGGUCAGGCCAUCCAGCUGUCAAUUGAUCAUGAACCAAACACCGAGCGAGGUGAUAUUGAGAACAGAGGUGGUUUUGUCUCAAACAUGCCAGGAGAUGUUGCUAGAGUGAAUGGGCAACUAGCUGUGUCUCGCGCUUUUGGUGACAAGAACCUGAAAUCACACUUGAGCUCUGACCCUGAUGUAACAAAUGCUGAUGUUGAUGCGGAUACAGAUAUUCUCAUACUUGCAAGUGAUGGUCUAUGGAAGGUAAUGUCUAAUCAAGAGGCAGUUGACAUCGUGAGGAAGGUGAAGGAUCCACAGAAGGCAGCCAAGCAGUUAGCGGUCGAAGCAUUGGUCAGAGAAAGUAAAGAUGAUAUCUCGUGCAUUGUUAUCCGAUUUAAGGGGUAAUUUCGUUCCAUGGGAAUUUAUCUCAGUGUGCAGUAUAUAUAUUUAUUAGAGGGGUAUUUGUUAGAUGAGGCGCGAUUUAUAGACUGACAGAAGCACAAAAGUCUCAAGACAAUCCUGCAUAAAUUAUUAAAAUGUUACCACGAAAGAGAUUAUUAUAUUUACAACCCCCCACCAGCCCUCUCCCCCGCUUCCCCCAACCCUCUGUAAUAUUCAAGUUCUUUACUUGGGCCGUGUGGUUGUUAUGUGUUGAUUUAUUCAGCUUGUAGAUUCUCAGAAUCA